CUCUCUCUCUCUCUCUCUCUCUCUCUCUCUCUCUCUCUCUCUCUCUCUUGCUUCUUUCUCUCUCUGCUCCUCUCUCUUGGCAAUGGCUACUGGAUCGACAGAUUCCGCGAGCUCCCGCUCCUCAGGUGUUCUCUACAAGCUGUUGUUGGUGUUCUCUGUCUGUAUAGCUACAUCGACUUAUCAGGCGAUCCAGCCUCCUCCUCCAAAGCUAUGUGGCUCUCUUGGUGGUCCAUUGGUCACAGCACCGAGAAUUAAGCUGAGAGAUGGAAGACAUCUGGCUUACAAAGAGCAUGGAGUUCCCAGAGAUGAAGCUACCCGUAAAAUCGUCUUUGUCCAUGGAUCUGAUAGUUGCAGGCACGAUAAUGCUUUCGCAACUCUACUAUCACCGGAUAUAAAGGAAGGACUAGGUGUGUAUAUGGUUUCAUUUGAUAGACCUGGUUAUGGAGAGAGUGAUCCAAACCCAAACCGUACUCCCAAGAGCUUGGCUUUGGACAUAGAAGAGCUUGCUGAUCAGUUGAGUCUAGGAUCUAAAUUCUAUAUCAUCGGGUACUCUAUGGGAGGACAAGCGACAUGGGCAUGCCUUAAAUACAUUCCUCACAGGUUAGCUGGAGUAACGCUUGUGGCUCCAGUGGUGAACUACUGGUGGAAGAACUUUCCAUCAGACAUCUCAAAAGAAGCUUAUAACCAACAAGAGAUAAAUGACCAUUGGGCGGUUCGUGUUGCACACUAUGCUCCUUGGCUUGCUCAUUGGUGGAACUCUCAGAAGUGGUUCCCUGGUUCAAGUGUUGUGACCCGUAAUCUCGGUUCCUUGUCUAAAGCAGACAAAGAGAUCUUGUUUAAGCUUGGUGCUUCUCGGAGGACACAUGAGGCACAAGUAAGGCAGCAAGGAACAUUCGAGACCGUGAUCCGUGACAUGAUUGUUGGAUUUGGAAAAUGGGAAUUUGAUCCAAUGGAACUCGAGAACUUGUUCCCGAACAACGAGGGAUCGGUGCACUUGUGGCAGGGAGAUGAUGACGCUCUUGUCCCUGUGACUCUGCAACGAUACAUUGCAAAGAAGCUGCCAUGGAUUCAUUACCAUGAGAUUCCUGGAGCAGGGCAUAUGUUCCCGCUUGCUCCAGGUAUGGUUGAUAACAUCGUUAAGACAUUCUUAGCCAACAAUGAAGUCAAGAAUUGAAAUCUCAUAAAAGAUUGGCUAAUUUUGUUAUGUGACAUGAUCGAUAUUAAGUACUUUGAAACGAUCAGAGAGAUUCAUGAAUAUUUCUGAUUUUUUUAAAGAUCUUUUACUAAUGUAUAUCGUGGGUGAUUGGUAAGAGUUUUGGUAGCUAUUGAAAA